AUGGACUUCACGGACGGCGUCUUCCUCGCCUCCAACAGCAGCCUUGGCUCCGCCUCUGCACAGGCUGCAGGCCACCGCUUCCUUGGCUUGACCAUGACGCAGCUCAGGUGCAUCUUUGCCACUUUCUGCAGCCUGACCUUGUUAGUCGGCCUUGUAGGAAACCUGCUCAUGCUGCUAGUCCUCACUGAGGGUUUCCAGAGCAGCAGCAGCAGCCACAUCUCCACCCUGAGCAGCACCCUCAUGGUCAACAUCACCGCCUCUGACCUGCUUUUCCUCCUCUACAACGUCACGGUGCUGCUGCUGACUUUUCUCCAGGAGGACUGGCAGCUGGGGGUGGCCUGCUGUGUCAGCAGCCAGAGCCUCUCCAUGUGGACCAUGUUCUGCAGCUUUUACAGCAUGGUGGCCACAUCCAUCCUGCGCUACGUGGCCGUGGUCCAUCCCAGCUGCUCCUUCUCAACCAGUAAGGGCCAGCGGCUCCUGCUGUGCAUGAGCACGUGGCUUCUGGGCUUCUGCGUCUCCAUCCCCAACUGGAUGCACCAAAGGGUCAUGAAGGCUGGAGAGGCCCAUCACUGUGUGCUUCUCAUGACUCCUGAGCAAACCUUCCUCUACUUCAUCCUUGUUGGGGGGGUUGCCUUUCUCCCCUUUGUGCUGCUGCUGCUCCUGUGCUACGCUAGGAUUGUCCAGGUCCUCUGGUGCCGGCACAGCCACAUGGCCCCUUCGGCAGGGAGUGCACAACUCAACCAGAAGGCCACGGUCAUGAUACUGACGGUGGUGACGGUCUUUGUCCUGAUGUGGAUCCCUGGCUGCGUGGUGAUCUACCUCUCUGCCACUCACCGCCUUUCUCAGACGCCUGCAGCUUUCGUGGCCUCCAGCGUGGCCACGGUGCUGGCCUAUUCCAACUGCUCCGUGAGCCCCCUCAUCUGCUUCUCUCUUUCAGACCAGUUUCAGGGCAGCCUGAAAAAGCUGCUCUUUCGGAGAGGUCCCAGAUGA